AUGAAGACAACCCAGCUCAUCCCUUCCAUCCUCCUUUCCCUCAUCCCCACCUUCACCCUCGCUGAUGGGGUCCCCGAUGGCGCCAAGCUCUGCGUAGGCCAAGGUGCCGGCAGCUGCCAAUUCGCUGCAUACCAGCUCCAACCUACAGACACGUGCGAAGACCUUCAAAAGAAUGCCGCCUAUAUCUACGACCACGAAUGCAACCUCAUCGGCCACACGGAGAAUUUCGUUGAGGGAGACGCCAUCGACUCGCAGCUGCCGUAUACUGUCGAUAUCAAGAACAUUGUUGGCGGUCCCUCUUGUUCGAUCAAGUACGAGAUUGCUUAUAGUGAUGGGUUGUAUGGGUAUGGAAUGCCCUCUGGUGGCGUUUGGGCACGUGCUGGUUUCCCCUCUCAUGUUCCAUUCAGCCUCCUCCCUAUCUUAAGAUCACCUCCAUCCAUCGACUCCUGCUCUUUUCAUUAUGUGGGAGCCGGUAGCUCUCCCCUUUCAGAGCUCCUACCCUUUGCCUACUCCGCUACCUACAACAAACUGAACGACAAUAUCGUUGUGAAAUAUGGAGUUCGUGUGGAAACCUGGGAAGGCCAGGCUUUAAUCUAUCUUGAACAAUGUGUUCCAGAAGUUCCGGCGCCUCGCUUAUAUGCGAUGCACUGCGAGUCUGAUGAGCGUUUUCUAGUCAUGCAACGCAUUCAUGGAGUACCGCUGAAUUCCCUUUGGUCAUCAUUGGCGCCUUCUGAGAAGGACGAUAUUAUCACUAAACUCCAGCAAGUAUUUGAUGCAAUGAGAAAGGCUGAAUGCCCAUGGCCUGACUUCUUUGGAAGCUUGGAUGGGGGUCCUUUACCUCACUACCUAUUCUAUAGCCAACGUGGCGAUGAUCAUGAGGGAUUUCUCGGGCCUUUUUCCAAUGAGUCUGCCUUCGUUGCGGGCCUUGUCGAGAACUAUAGAGCCCUAGUUGAAAAAAACAAACAUCCAGACUAUAAAGCUCGCUUCUAUGAGAAAUAUCUCCCUCGUGUUCUUCAAGGACACCGGCCCACACUGACGCAUGGGGACAUCCAGCAGAAAAACAUCAUGGUUGUGGAAAACUGCCAAAACGAUCAAGAUAGACGAUCAUUCGACAUUGUACUUGUUGACUGGGAGAAUGCUGGAUGGUUUCCUGACUUCUGGGAAGGCUUUUGUGCAUCUUGUCCUCUACAUUUCUACUGGGAUGAAGACUGGUCCUGGCGAGUCCAGGAGUUUAUCCAAUUCUGGCCUGCUGAGAUGUCCAUGAUGCACCUGAUUGAGAGGGAUUUGGGCUGGUGA